GGCGCGCGCGGCGCCGGGGAUGCGAGCACCUUGCGAGGAGGCGGCGACCGCUGUGGAAAGUGCGGGAGUAGGCGGAGAGGAGAAGCAGGAGAUGCUUUGUGAGAAAUUUCAGUGGAGAUGUCAAUAUUUUGGCACAGAUAUCCAAGAAGUGACAGUGCUGAAGGGAUUUAACUCUACAUGUCUGGCACAGAUCUGCGACUCCUAAGAUUGCCAAUAGAUCAUGUAAAGCAUGGUUUAUAAGGAAAGUCAAAUCUGAAGGGUAUCCUGCAAGAUGACUUAAAAAGUCUUAACUCAGAGAUGUCUGAUUGAAACAGUGUGGGAAGGAAGAACAAUAUAUAAAGAAGAAGAAAAAGGACUUACCUCAGCAAGCAAAAGAAACACUGAACAAAGGAGAGGAAGCCAAUAAAGAUAAUUUUAGAAGCACUGAAUGCAGCAAAACAAGAACAAUGGAUCUCAAGUUCAACAACUCCAGGAAAUAUAUUUCUAUCACUGUCCCUUCCAAAACACAGACAAUGUCACCACACAUCAAGUCAAUAGAUGACAUUGUAGUACUUGGCAUAAAUCUCAGCAGAUUUAACAAACUUACUCAGUUUUUCAUAUGUGUUGCUGGAGUUUUUGUAUUUUACCUAAUCUAUGGAUAUUUACAGGAAUUAAUAUUUUCAAUGGAGGGUUUUAAGUCCUAUGGCUGGUACCUUACUUUAGUACAGUUUGCAUUUUACUCCAUAUUUGGCCUAAUAGAACUUCAGCUUAUUCAGGACAAAAGGAGAAGAAUACCAGGAAAAACCUACAUGAUAAUAGCUUUUCUAACUGUGGGUACUAUGGGGUUAUCAAAUACUUCCUUGGGCUACCUGAAUUAUCCUACCCAAGUCAUCUUCAAGUGCUGCAAAUUGAUUCCUGUUAUGCUAGGAGGAGUUUUUAUUCAAGGGAAGCGCUAUAACAUUGCAGAUGUGUCUGCUGCAGUAUGUAUGAGUCUUGGCCUGAUAUGGUUCACCCUCGCUGACAGCACGAUUGCACCUAAUUUCAACCUGACAGGUGUGAUCCUUAUUUCCCUGGCACUGUGCGCAGAUGCUGUCAUCGGAAAUGUUCAAGAGAAAGCUAUGAAACUGCAUAAUGCUUCUAAUUCAGAAAUGGUUUUGUAUUCAUAUUCAAUCGGUUUUGUGUACAUUUUAUUGGGAUUGAUAUGCACUAGUGGAUUAAGCCCUGCAGUAACAUUUUGUUCAAAGAACCCAAUUCAGACUUAUGGUUAUGCUUUUCUUUUUUCCCUCACUGGGUAUUUUGGAAUCUCCUUUGUUCUGGCUCUGAUUAAAAUUUUCGGUGCACUUCUUGCUGUAACAGUGACAACAGGAAGAAAAGCCAUGACCAUUGUACUUUCAUUUAUGUUUUUUGCUAAACCAUUCACAUUUCAGUACGUGUGGUCUGGUUUGUUAGUUGUCCUUGGUAUAUUUCUCAAUGUUUACAGCAAAAAUAUGGAUAAAAUAAGACUGCCAUCACUAUAUGAUCUGAUAAACAAAACAGUGGAAAUGAGGAAGUCAAGGACGUUGGCACAAACUGUAUAGGCAGGAAUUCAUCCUACUUAAAAUAGAGUUCUAAGGGAACAAUCAUCAAAUAAUUAAUUUUCCAAAGGGAUUGUUAUAAAAACCAAAGGAUCUGAAGGCAUGCUCUCCGUUUGUGGAUGGGUCAGCUAUGAAGUCAGCCUCUUUCCCAGAGCACUUGUUUAACUGUUUGACUUCUGAAGCAGUCAAGAGAGCCGCAUCUGCCACACCUGAGAAUAAAAUGUCAGUGUGAAGGACUAAUUCUUAGCAUUCUGUUGAGAAUGUCACUGGAAAUGGACCAUGUUGCAAAACUAAUUGGAUAUCAUUAUGACAUUUCAAAGAAAUUGAUAUAGUAAUAUCAAUUUAGAUUGUUUGGUCUUUGUUCAUUUUGGUGGUAUUAUUUAAAUGAUUCUCUGUUAUAAGAGUGAACAGAUGAUUUAAAGUCUAGAAAGAAUAACUUCAUUAUAAAUAAAAAUUAUUCUGUGAUUUUUUUAAAUAAAUAUGUUGUUAGAAGUUUGUUAUGAAGAGGGAAGUAAAGGCUUUUUGGUAGUAAGGCUUUAUGUAAACUUCAAACCUUAGGCUUUUCUCUGAUCAUUUAAAAGUAUUCUUUAGAGAAAACAUGAUGUAAGUUUUCUGUGGAAUAUAGACCAUCUAACAAAAGGAAUCAUCACCCUGCAUCCUGUAAGUAUGUAUCACAAGAAAAACUUGUUACUAUCCAUCAAAGAAGUGCUAAAAGAUUUAAUGAUUUGGAUUUUAUAAUUAAAAAAAAUAAUUCAUGUCUUAAAUUAUAAUUAAAUAAUAAAACUAUCAUAGUUUUUCUCAUAAAACUGAAAUUUAAUUUGACAGCUUGAAGAUUAAAUAGGGUAAAUGUAAGAAACAAGUAGAUUUUAGCAAAUUUGUGUACUAGGUAGUUUGCAGUUUUGAGUCAAAACUCAUAAAGCUUUUGGCCUUUAAUGUUUUAGCAGUGAGGUUUGGAAUUGCUUCCAGUGUAUUAAAAAAAUCAUCUCAAUCUUCAUUUUCAGUAUAAGUGAUUCUAGUUUUAAAACAGCUUAGUUUCUGCCUUCUUAGUGAUAUCACUUACAUUUUGUGAGUAUGAUAUUCUUGGAAUAUUUAAUCUCAUUCUUAAAAUUCCAUUGUAUUCCGAUGGUGACUUUACUAGUAGGUGCAUACAUGGGUACAACAGAGGCUCUAAUAAUUUAAGGAUUUAGCAUAAGGAAUUCUGACUGAUUUUCAUUUGUCAUAUAUUAAAGUACUGUGAGGGUAUUUUUCCCCAAGUGGUGAUUAUAUUUAUGUUUCCGUAUUUUGAAAUGAAAGGAAUCUUAGUUGGUAUUUUACUAUGCCUUCUUAAACUCUUAAAAUGGUAAGGAUUUGUGCUUUAAAAAUGAUUUUCCAGGCUCUUGAUAUGAUGUUAACUUUUCAAAGCAUCCUUUUAUGCCCACUUUUUUUUUCACCUUUGUUAAGAGUUCUUCCUCCCAGCCCCCACUUUCAAGCAGUUUAACACUGCUCAAAAAUUGGUUUGCCAGCCUAACCGUUUAAACUCCCAUUUGCUUUUUUUUUUUUUUAACCUCCCAUCAAAUGAAGGUGAACCUCAUCUCACUUAUUUGUGUCCAUGGAGUACUCUUCUUAAUGAAUAGUGUGAAACCCAAUAAUUGCUAUAGUAAAGGAAAUCAACAUUUGAAUAUAUACUUUGUGUCACGUUUUAUAAUAGCAUUCAUAAGUUUUAUGUGAUCACAACAGAAAUAUAAUAAAUAUAAUUAAUUAAUAAGGGAAUUAAAAAUAGUAAUCACUAUAAUCACUAAAAUUUAAGUGCUUAUUAGGUGCCAGGCACUGUUAUAAGUGAAAUAUUCAAUAAAUUAUUUAAUUCUCAUAACAUCUCUAUGAGGGCAGGUAUUGCCCUCAUUUUACAGAUGAGGAAGCUGUGGCCGGUGGGAUUAAGUGACAGUUGCUAACCUUACAUGGCUAGAAAGAACCAGAGCUGUCUGUCAAGCAGCCUACUCCGAGAGUCAGGCUCUUAAUCAACUUUGUAGCCUCUCUAAGAUGAUGUGAUUAUGUUCACGGUUUUGCAGAUACAGAGAUUGAGGACCAGAGUAAGUACUUAGCUCACGAUUAACUGGAUUUCAAACCCAGUUCGUCACACCCCAGAGUGCAUUUUCUGUCUACCAUACCCCACUAUGAGCACAGAAGUAGCCCAGAGUAACAUAAUAGAAGAUGAAAUAUUUUUAGUAAAGAGUUUGUGAGACAUUAAUGAAUAAACAAGGAUCAUUUGAUUGGAACAUUAGUUAAAUGCAGAUACUUGUCUUUGUUUAAUCAAUAUGUACAUAUAAAUUGUUUCUUCAGCGGUGUUCAUAUUAGGUGUCUAUCACAGAGUAGGCACCCAGUAAAUAUCUGUGUUAUACACGACUAGUGAUCAAAGAAUAUUAUUAGGCCAAAAACUACACUGGACAAUAUCUUCUGAAUUCUGCCAUCUUCUGUCCCCUUUUUUCGUAUAACCAGUGCAACAAAGUAACAGCAGAAGAAUCUGGUGGUCUCUCGUGGAUUACCGUAUUAGAUUUUACCUGGAUGGAUGUAAGCCGGCCUAGCCAGAAUCCUCAGUAAGGCCAACUUGUAUAAUAAAGAGUUUAGCUGGCCUUUUUCCUUGGUUCUUGGGAAGGACCUUCUCAUCUUGGGGGUUUCCCAAGUAACAGGCAUGUCUUUGAUAUUCAUGGUGGGGCCCUACCUAGAUAGCUUCAAAGUAAGGGCUGGCCAUGCUGGAAUGACCAUCUGUGGAAUUGGGGCUUUGAGCCUCGUGAUGUCAGUCCAACCUCCAGAGAAGAACAGGGUUUGUGUCAUCAGUGAUUCAGCCAUCAAGGGUCUGUAGUGAGGCUUUAUAAAAAUGACAUAGGAAAGCUCAGGAGAGCUUCUCAGGUUGGAGAUCUACAUUGAUGUGCCUGGAGGGUGAUGUGUCCUGAGGACCUGGGAGCUUAAUGUUUGUAACCUGCCCAGACCCCACCCUCGGGGGUUCUUCUUAUGUCUUGUCCUGAUUCAGAAACUUCAUAACAAAGUAUAGCACUUCCCUGAGUUCUGUAAAUUAUUCUGGCACCCUAGAACCUGACCCUGACGGCGUAGUAGGGACUGCCCAAUUUGUACCCUGUUGGUAACAAAGUGGCUUGGGAUCCUCCGAGCUUGCAGCUGGUUUUGGAAUUGAAGGCAGUCUCCCGGAAACUGCCUACAAAACUAGACCGAAUCUGGGUUUUCAGAACUGCACUGCUGGCUUUAUGAUGAACAGAUGUUUUAAAAUCCUGUGAGCAUCCUCUGGGCAAUCCUCUCAGUCUCUCAGUUUUCUCAAGUGAUUUUUAUCAUAAAUCCACUUCACAUUCUCGAUUCAUCCUGAUCAAAGAGCAUGGAAUUCUAGAAAAAUUUGACGAGGAUAAUAGGCCAAUAAGAGGGCUUCGCAUAAUGAAAAUAUUUUUGCAUUCCAGUAUCACAUUUGCCCUUUAAAAUGAUCAAAUUAUAACGUUAUGCAUAUGAUGCCCAAAACCUUUGUGUGCUUACUUCCUAAAUAAGCAGAUGACAGGUUUUUUUUUUCCCAUUAUGUGUUUGAGCAAAAAAUUUUUUUCCUAUUUUCAUUAACUCUGCUUUCCAUGGGUCCCUAUUAAAAGUUCUUAUACUUGCCCAUUGAGCCAACCGUCUUAAUGUUUUUAACAAAGAGUGUAGCGUCACUGACUUGACUGCUCUAUUUUUGCUUUAACAUAAUUUACUCACCCAUUCUCACUGGGCACAUACGAGCCACGCAUUAUACUAGAUGCUGAGGUUGCCAAAAAAAAAAAAAAAAAAAAAAAAAACACUCUUAA